CGCACGCAACCUCACCUUUGGGGAAGAGGAGUUGCUUUUCGACGACGCGCACGUCCAAACGCCCGCGCAUUCUUCCUAACACUGCCCGUCGCCUUGCUAUCGAUGACCAUACCGCUCUCUGCUUGUCUGGCGGACUUGCGAUCGCGGUAGCCCCAUCGGCAGAUAGCACCAGUGCCGGCGGCGCGUCUUCGCGACUCACCCUAGCUGACUUUCUCAACAUUCCGCAGCGUUCUACAUGGCGCCUGUAUCCGAUACACCCACUACGCGCAUACGAAGUUCCGAACGGCCACGCAGACGACACAUCUCCGACUCGGUGCCCGCAAGCAAGAAGCGCAAAUACGUGCCAGGUGGACCAGGAGGCGGGGGACGCUACGUGGAUGACGAGGGCAUAGAGACGCCCGUUGGAGGAACAGGACCAGGCGGCUACGCGUACAUUGGGCCCCGCGGCCGCAUCGGACGCCUCAACGCCGAGCGACAAGGCGUCGUUCUCGACGACAUCGCCAGCGCGCCCUCACCCUCGUACUCCCGACCGCGACGCGAAAGGCCGCCUGCUGGACCGCGCUCCAGUUCGGCCGCUGCAGUUGCCGCCGCUGUGGCGCAAAACGACGGGUACAAGCCGCGGGAGGAGCGGAGCUGGGAUGAAUUCCACCCCGAUCUCGACAUCGAUGCUGAGUUCCCGGUCUACACCGCAGACCAAAUCGAUGGCAUAAGCCCUGCAGAUUCGCUGCCUGGGACGCCUGGACAGCCAUCGUUAAGUGGCCAGUAUGCUGUCGAUAAUGGCAUCUCUGCCAUGCUCGAUGGUCUACGCGCGCAGCAGACCCAAGAUGAGGAGGCCGUCGAGAAUGGGUACAGUGGCUCGGUCAGCCUCCUGGCGACUCCUAAAAGGCGACCAGGGCGGCCACCUCGUAACCGAGACUCCAUGCUUGCGGGGCUGGGGUCCCCACCUCGACCACGGAUACAGCCCUUGCCGACUAUGAAUCCGAGGGAGAAGCUGAACCUGCCCAAGCCAUCUGUGCGUGAGGUUGACCCCUUCAAAGCCCACGAAGAGAGCGAAGGAGUCAAAGUCAACUACGUCGACCGGACCAUGGCGAGCAUCGGCUACCAGGAGAGUGAGGUCUUCGCUAGGACAGAGAACCACCUGAUACGACUUCCGGAGGGCUCGAUCGAGGAGGAUCUAGACCUGACUUUGCAGAAUGAAGCCGAGGGAUCUACAACAGCAGUCGCGGUCGGCCGAGUUGAGUAUGACAUGGACGAGCAGGACGACAUGUGGUUGGAGGCUCUGAACGUGCAGCGCAAAGCCGAAGAGGUCGAAGCCAUCAAGCCUGCCAUCUUCGAGGUCACCAUAACGCAAAUCGAGAAGGAAUGGCAUGCUCUGGAAAAGCGCAUCCCAAAACCGAAUCCAAAGCCACCGCAGACACAUCGACCGCGAUCUAGUAGCGCAGCCGCGGUCAACGGAGAGCCUGCAGGACAAGGGGAGGAGCAAGACACCAAGUGUGCAAUUUGCGACGACGGCGACUGCGAGAACACCAACGCCAUAGUAUUCUGCGAUGGUUGUGACUUGGCGGUUCAUCAGGAAUGCUAUGGUGUGCCUUUUAUCCCAGAAGGACAAUGGCUUUGUAGGCGCUGUCAACUAGUGGGCCGUGGCACCCCUGCUAGUGAGCUCCCGGGCUGCAUAUUCUGUCCGAAUGGGGACGGCGCAUUCAAGCAGACGACAGCUAUGAAAUGGGCUCAUCUUCUGUGUGCGAUGUGGAUCCCUGAAGUUUCACUCGGCAACGUAACCUUCCAGGAGCCGGUACAAGAUGUCGAGAAGGUUCCAAAGACACGCUGGAAGCUGUCUUGCUAUAUUUGUAAGCAGAAGAUGGGAGCGUGCAUCCAGUGCGGCCACAAGUCAUGCUUCGAGGCAUUCCAUGUGACCUGUGCACGCAAGGCUCGGCUAUGUCUGCGAAUGAAGUCAUCUCAAUCCUCGAAUCCUCAAGACUCCACAGUACUUAAGGCGUACUGCGAUCGACACACCCCCUCGGAUUGGAGGCGCGAGUAUGACGUCGAGGGAGCAAUUGCAGACGCGAAGGCCUUCUAUCGACACACGAUGCGCAAUAUUCGCUGGCCCGAUAGCCAAGCAUACGCGCUAUCAAUUGGCUCGACUCAUGCAGCGCACGCUAUCGACGACGAAGAUGAUGGCGUGCCUGGCAGUAACAAGCGCAAGCGCGGGCAGCCGACCAAGUCCUGGAGACUGCCCUCAGGAGCACCAGUGGUGCCUCAGGCUGUCUAUCACAACGUCGAGAAUGCCUUGAUCAAGUUCAAUGUUCGCAAACGUAAGGAGUUUGUGCAAGAGGCUUGCAAGUAUUGGACAUUGAAGCGUGAGGCACGACGCGGCGCUGCCUUGCUCAAACGUCUGCAGCUCCAGAUGGAGGCUUUCUCGUCCAUGGAGAUUACUCGUCGUAACUUUGCGGGUAUGGGCGCGGCGGGUCGGCCUCGUCUGCAGCGACGCAUCGAGUUCGCAGAGCGCCUUGAAGAUGACAUGGAACAAAUCCGCGUCCUUUGUCAUGGUAUCAAGGAGCGUGAGGCUAUGAAGCUGGACGACAUCAUGAUUCUCAAGAACAUCCUGGACUGCGUGUACUUCCCCAUACCGGCCAUGCUCAGACCCAUCCUGAAGAGGCUUCAGAAUCUUGACAGCAAGGAUACUUUUGCAGAGGGCUUUAGCAGUCUUCAGAAGAAGCUUGACGAAAUGACCUACACGUCUGUCCAAGCCUUCAACGACGACCUGCUUACAAUGCUGAGCGCACAGAUGGAUCUUGCACCUAUCUCCAGCACCGAAGACGCUGAUGACGAGUCCACCAAGCCGACUGCUCAAGGCCUAACCUCUGAUCAGAAAGAGAUGAAGAAAUUGGUCAGGCGCAUCAUCAGGAGUGCUCAACCGGCAAUCGAAGACGCGAUGCAUAAGGAAGCGGAACUGGCCCGGGCUCCUGUGGAAAAACUUCCCGACCUCGAGGCACUUCUUCAGCAGAAGCUGCAGGGUAAGCAGGAUGCUUCUUCUCUCGAAGAUGCCCCUCACAAGACGAUUGAGACCGAUGAACCAAGUCACGAGGAGACCCUGGAGCCAAUAACCAACGGAGUAGACUCAGAGCAUCUCAAGAAGACAGAUGAUGUUCAACUUGCACCUACACCCGACGAUAACGCGGCGGACGGCAACCACUCAAUACACGAUGAGGCCGCAGACGAGGCUGCCAUUGCUGCCCAACUCGGGCAAGACACCUUGCACGUCUUCAACCGCGAACAACAAGGCGAUGCAAUGGAGCUGGACGCAAGGGAUGCCAACAGAGGAACGGAGCCUCUUACACCGCCAAGAUCUGAGAAAAACCUACUCAACCCACUUCACAAUGGCGGCGUUCCCUGGUAUCUAGAACCUUUCGACAUCCAUGGCACUACAGUCUACGAACCUAUUUGGGCUGGACGCGAGGUUCUCAAAGCUAUGAGCGAAGAUCUUAGCGAGCUUGACGACGACGAGCUUGACGGACUCGCUGGCUCUGAUCCAAUCCAGCCAGACGAGGAAGCGGCUGACGACCAGGCCAUCGACUUGCGCAAAGCGGCAGUACGCAAGAGGCAAAGACGGUCGCGUGCGUACAGGUGAUUUACUUCUUUUUCUCAUUUGCAUUGUUUGACCCCGGCAUGUACAUUGCGGUCAUGUCAUGUAUCACCUUUGUGCUUUGUAUCAUAUCCCUGCUUUUGGUAGAUGAGGCGCAAUGGUGUUUGGCUCUUAGGCUACGGCAAGACGCCAUGGAAUUACCCUUGUGGGAUCUGGAGUUGAGAUUUGCGAAGCAUUUCGGCAGCGAGUAAUGGGCGAUGGUUGCUGCAAAUGGAGACUGGUAAUUCUAGUAUUUCAGCUACGAUACAAACACGCACAUCCCAUCUUGAAGAC